GGGCCCAAUCGCCUUUGAGGACGUGGCUGUCCAUUUCUCUUUGGAGGAGUGGGCUCUCCUGAAUCCUGGUCAGAAAGCCUUGCACGUGCAGAUCAUGGAGGAGAUUCAUGGGAUGGUGGACUCUCUUGUACAUAACGGGGAGGAGAGCAAUGUACACAGCGAACACAGGAAGCAUUUGGGACACAACAGGGGCCAGCAAGCCCAGAGUGAAGAUGAAGAUUCUGCCGGAGAAAAGCCCUACGAAUGCAAUGUAUAUGGGCAAUGUUUUGCCCAAGAUGUGGCACUUGUGCUUCACAAGACAUUCCAAGCUGGGGAAAGCCAUUUUAAAUGGAAAGUAUCAGCAGAAUGUGUGGUUGAUUACAAAUUGCCAGAUCUGUGCCAACAAGAAAUCUUUGAAGGAACCGAGCAUUUCAUAAGCCAGGAGUGUGAGAAACUACACAAAUGCAAGGAAUGUGGGCAAUGUAUUGUUCAAAGUUCAUCUCUUGUGAGCCACCAGAGAAUCCACACUGGAGAACACCCAUAUAGAUGUCCAGAUUGUGGGAAAUGUUUUUCUUCCAGUUCAAGCUUGGUGAGGCACAAAAGAGUCCACACAGGAGAAAAGCCAUACCAGUGCCAGGAGUGUGGGAAAUGUUUUGCUGCCAAUUCAGACUUGGUGAGCCAUAAAAGGCUUCACACAGGAGAAAAGCCAUACCAAUGCCAGGAGUGUGGGAAAUGUUUUGCUGACAGGUCAGCCUUGACAAAGCACAAAAGACUCCACACAGGAGAAAAACCAUACCCAUGCCAAGAGUGUGGGAAAUGUUUUUCCUGCAGUUCACACUUGAUGAGGCACAAAAGACUCCACACAGGAGAGAAGCCGUACCAAUGCCAGGAGUGUGAGAAAUGUUUUGUUUACAAUUCACAAUUGGUGAAGCACAAAAGACUGCACACCGGAGAGAAGCCAUACCAAUGCCAGGAGUGUGGGAAAUUUUUUCCUGACAAUUCAGCCUUAGUGAGCCACAAAAGGCUCCACACAGAAGAGAAUCCGUACCAAUGUCAGGAGUGUGGGAAAUGUUUUGCUUCCAGUUCAUGCUUGGUGAGGCACAAAAGACUUCACACAGGAGAGAAGCCAUAUCAGUGCCAGGAGUGUGGGAAAUGCUUUGCUUACAGUUCAAACUUGGUGAGCCACACAAGAAUUCACACAGGAGAGAAACCAUACCAGUGCCAGGAGUGUGGGAAAUGUUUUGCUGACAGUUCAGCCUUGGUGAGGCACAAAAGACUCCACACGGGCGAGAAGCCAUACCAAUGUCAGGAGUGUGGGAAAAGUUAUCCUUGCAAGUCAUAUCUUCUCAGACACCAGAGCAUCCACACAGGAGAGAAUCCAUUCCAAUGCCAGGAGUGUGGGAAAUGUUUCACUCAGAGUUCAUCCCUUUUGAGCCACCAGAGAAUUCAUAGUGGAGAAUAACCAUCCAAAGAGGUGGGACAAAAGUAAUACAAUUACUUGCAAUAGGGAAAUUUCAGGUGGUGGACAUUCUAGUGCUGUAGACUAUACAUUCAACAUUUCUCAAUUAACAUAUGUGACUUCCUUGGCUUUAUGUAGCACUUGGCUUGACUUUGGACUGAUUUCUUAGACAACUCUCUCCUUGGUUUCAAAUGCUGCUCAGGGUUUUUGUUUUGCUUUAUUUGACUUGGGACUGUUGUGGAGAACUCUUUUGCUUCUUGGCAGAAUAGGGUUGGACUGGAUGGCCCAUGAGGUCUCUUCCAACUCUAUGAUUCUCUGGACACUGGUAUCACCAUGGGAGUAGACUGGCUUCCCCCUGGUCAGCCUUUAUGGGUAGACAUCUGAUUUCAAACAGGACCAUUUGCGAAGUUUGCCUAAGAUUUGGUGGAGCCUCCGUUCUUGUCAUAUGAAUCCCUAAAUUAAGGUCCUGUUCUUGGAGCAGCAGAAAGCAACCUCCCUGUUACAAUCCUUCAGUGGGUUAAAAAUGAAGUCACCAAUUCUGAAAAAAAAAAACCCAUAUGUAAUUCCAUCAUUUGUUCCUCUUGGGCUUAGUUUCCAGCUCCUUUAGCACCUUGGUUGCAGAUUUCUCAUUUGCAAAUGUUGUUUUUCAACUGUGAUUCCAGAAUAGAACACAGUGCUUCCGUAGAGGCAAAACGAAAAGAAAAGAUGCUUGAACUGUUAUUUCCCUUGAUGUGCAAAUCAUAUCUCUGGCUACAAUUUACUGUCUGUUUCCCUGCUUAUGGUAUACACACUUUUAGUGCAUAUUAAAUUAAAAAACAUAAAGCUCUUUAUUGUAGAAUUAACCAUGUGAUUAUCAUUGAUUUUGUUAUAGACUAUCGGAAUGCGCUCUGUCUUGCAAAAUUUUAGUCUCUGGAUAUUAUACAUGAAGGAGGUAAAUUUGUCUGUGUAAAGCAGGCGCAGGCAAAAUGUGGCCCUCCAGGUGUUUUUGAAGUUCAACUCCCACAAUUCUUAACAGUCGGUAAGCUGGCUGGGAUUCCUGGGAGUUGAAGUCCAAACACUUGAGGCCCUUCCACACAGCCCUACAUCCCAGAAUAUCAAGGCAGAAAAUCCCACAUUAUCUGUGUGUGGACUCAGAUAACCCAGUUCAAAGCAGAUAUUGUGGGAU